CAUCAAAAACGACCAAUCCCAGACCGCGGCCGCCUGUUGCGCCCUCGAUGCGACUUACCGAUGGUGUCUAAGCGGCACCCCGGUCAUGAACAACCUGCGGGAGCUGUAUUCGCUGCUGAAGUUCCUCCGAGUCCAACCAUAUGCCAGCCGCCAAAGUUUUGCCACGGUGGGUCGUGCCGAAGAUCGGGCCCUUAGGUCCGGUUUGUCUGGCUGAAUCUCUGUAUCGCUCCACCACGCUUCGGACGAGCUAACCGUCCAAACCAGGCCUUUCAACAGCCAUUGCAGACUCGCGGGAGUCCCCAACGAGCGGCAGCCACCGCUCGGCUCCGAAGGUUGAUGGACACGAUCAUGCUGCGGCGGACCAAGACGUCCACCAUCCAGGGUCAGCCCAUCCUGCAACUGCCCGUCAGAACCACGGAGAUCGUGUAUGUGACCUUUACCGAGCCGGAGCGCGAGCUGUAUACCGCCCUGGAAUGCCACACGCGGCUGCAGUUUAACCACUAUUUGAGCGGCGGCAACCCUAGUCGCAACGUGUCCCGUAUGCUGGGUCUGCUGCAGCGCCUGCGGCAAGCCUGCUGCCAUCCCUUCCUGGUCUCCGAUUUCAUCUCGGACACCCGGGAUGCGUCGGGGAAUGACGGGCACCGGGCGGCAAACGCCAUGCGAUUCUCUCCGGCGGUGGUCCAACGGCUGCGGGACAAUGAAAGAGAGAACGGACGCGAGUUUGAAUGUCCGAUCUGCUACGACACCGUCGACAACCACAUCAUUUUCUUUCCUUGCGGUCAUAGUGUCUGCGUGAAAUGCUUUGCCCGGAUCUUCCCCCAGGUUCCGACGGCCCGCCCCAGGGUCGAAGGAAACCCGCCGAUGUGUUGUCCAAGCUGCCGGGUGGUCAUUGACCCAAGCAAGGCGACCGACCACACGGCAUUUGCCAAACAGCACUACCCCACGCCGCCGGGCGAUGUCGGCACGGAGAGCCUGUCCACGGUCCUUGAGAACCUCCGGGGCCGGGUCGAGGAUGACUGCGACGACGGCCAGGACCUCAUGCUCGGAAUACCGGCAGGAGCCGACCACGCUUAUCCUCCCGUGCAGUUCCAUAUGAACCCGACGCCGACCAUCCAUGCGCCCAAGCGAAGCUUCACGCGGCUGAGACAGCGAGCGCUAACCAGCCCCGCGGCGAAGCAGAAGUAUCACCAAAUUUUGGCGGAGACCUGGAUCAGUAGCUCCAAGAUCGAUAGGGCGUUGGAGAUCGUGCGCGACAUUGUAGCCCGCGGGGAACCCGGUGGGGAGCGCGAGAAGGUCGUCAUCUUCAGCCAGUUCACUUCCAUGCUCGAUCUGAUCGAGGUCCCCCUCGGCCGACAUGGCUGGGCGUUCCGGCGCUACGACGGCACCAUGAAGCCGGCCGACCGGCACGCGGCGACCGUCCACUUCGCGACCGACCCCGACUGUCUGAUUCUCCUGGUCUCCAUGAAGGCCGGCAACUCAGGGCUGAACCUCACGGCCGCCUCGCAAGUGAUCAUCCUGGACCCGUUCUGGAACCCGUACAUCGAGGACCAAGCGGUGGGGCGCGUCCAUCGCAUCGGACAGCGACGGCCGGUGCACGUUCACCGCAUCCUGGUUUCCAACACGGUGGAGGAUCGGAUCCUCGACUUCCAGGACAGAAAGCGCCAACUCAUUGAGGGCAUCAUCGACGAGAGAACCCACGGGGAGCCUAGCCGGCUGGAGAGCACUGAUUUCGCGUAUCUCUUUGUAAGUAGCGGAGACCUCUUUGUCUCUUCAAGGGGGGGGGAGAAAGAUUGCUAAGCUAAUUUUGGGGUAUGCAUCACUUAGGGUUUGCCAUGAUCAACAGGAUGACAAUUCUAUUCAGAUAAAUGGCCAGACACAACCAGGUCCAAAGUCACGAGUAGACGGACUUAAAAGCCGGCACCAUCAAGCGCCGUUCCGUGCCG